UUGUUUUUGUGAAUUCAAGAUGGCGGCUAUAGGAAUGGUCUCGGAUGUAUUGAAAUAAGAGAAUCGUUUCAGGUGCUAGAUACUGACUUAUGAAGAGUAGCAGAACUUUUUGUGUCAUUGUGGGUCGGUAUUAUCGGUAUUCAGUACGGAAUGGAUGACACAAAUACUCGGAGACGUGUCAAAUUGUACAUGUUGAAUGAAGAAAGGCAGUGGGACGACAGAGGAACUGGUCAUGUUUCGUGGGCCUACGUUGAGCGCUUCAAGGGCAUGUCCCUCCUGGUUAUAUCUGAAACAGAUGGUUGCUUGUUGCUAGAAUCCAAAAUACAGCCAGAUACUGCCUAUCAAAAACAACAGGAGACGUUAAUAGUUUGGUCAGAAGCAGACAACUAUGAUCUUGCACUUAGUUUCCAGGAAAAGGCUGGCUGUGACGAGAUAUGGGAGAAAAUAUGCCAGGUACAAGGGAAGGAUCCCUCCGUUGAAGUCACUCAGGACCUUGUUGAAGAGUCGGAAGAUGAGCGCUAUGAGGAGGUGAUGGAUUCUGCACCACCUAUUGAACUACCACCCUGCGAGCUUAGUCGACUUGAGGAAAUAUCAGAACUCUUCAACAAUGUAAUCACGCAGUCAAACCUAAACCGUCGUGAAAAACUCGCUAUGGCAAUAGAAAAUGAGGCAUACCUAAACAAACUCCUUGACCUGUUUCACAUUUGUGAAGAUUUGGAAAAUCAGGAGGGACUACAUCACAUGUACGACAUAUUCAAAAGUACAUUUUUACUGAACAAGAAUGCGCUCUUUGAAAUCAUGUUUUCAGAUGAGUUAAUUUUCGAUGUGAUAGGCGUGCUAGAGUAUGACCCCUCGUUACCACAGCCUGCUAAACACCGAGACUACUUACGGAACACUGCCAAGUUCAAGGAAGUUAUUCCAAUAUCAAAUAAAAAACUGUUGAAUAAGAUUCAUCAGACAUUUAGAGUACAGUACAUUCAGGACGUGAUACUCCCCACACCUUCAGUUUUUGAAGAGAACAUGCUCUCGACACUGGGAUCAUUCAUUUUCUUCCGGAAAGUGGAAAUAGUGACCAUGAUUCAGGACGAUGAGAAAUUUCUUCAGACAAUAUUUGCGCAGUUGACAGAUGAUGAGACGGACGAUAGUAAAAGGAGAGACAUGGUAUUGUUUUUGAAAGAGUUCUGCACGUUCUCACAAACGCUACAACAGAAUAAUAGGGACUCAUUCUUUGGGACGUUGUCCAACCUUGGCAUUUUAUCAGCGAUUGAAGUGAUCCUGGGUUUAGAUGAUGACGUGAUGAAGGAAGCUGCCAUUGCCAUCUUCUCCUUCAUCAUUGAGAUCAGUCCGUCCAUGGUCAGGGAGUUCAUACUCAAUGAGGGACAGACACAAGAUGAUGACGAUCUCCUCAUCAACCUAGUCAUUGAACAGAUAAUCACAGAUUCAGAACUGGGAUGUGCUGUGCAACUGAUUAGUAUUAUCAAGAUCUUGAUCGACCCAGAAAAUAUGUUGCCGAAUUCAGCGAAUAAAACGGAGAAGACAGAGUUCCUAAGUUUCUUCUACAAGCAUAGCAUGCAUGUGCUCACUGCUCCUCUCUUUGCUAACACGGCCGACGACAAACCAAGUCGAGAUGAUUAUCAGACUGCCCAGUUACUUGGCAUUAUCCUGGAGCUGCUAUCCUUCUGUGUGGAGCAUCAUACGUACCACAUACGAAACUACAUAUUCAACAAAGAUCUCCUGCGAAGAGUUUUAGUGCUACUCAAGUCAAAACAUGCCUUCCUUGCUCUAAGUGCUCUUCGCUUCAUGCGUAAAAUCAUUGGUCUCAAAGAUGACUUUCACAAUCGCUACAUAAUCAAGGGGGACCUGUUUCUUCCAGUGGUGGAAGCUUUUAAAGCAAAUGGGAAGAAAUACAACCUGCUAAACUCAGCAAUGAUAGAAAUGUUCGAAUAUAUAAAAGUGGAGGAUAUCAAGGUGUUAUGUGCUCAUAUAGUUGAAAAUCAUCUGAAUGCAUUUGACGGGGUGGACUACGUGCCAACAUUCAAGGCCCUCAAGAUGCGAUAUGAACAGCAGCAGGACAGAAUGAAAGAUAAGCCGGUUUUGGAUAGUGUACCCUCAAUACUGCGGAAUAAUCGGUUUCGGCGGGACGCUCGCACGUUGGAGGAGGAAGAGGAGAUGUGGUUUGAUCAGGAGGACGAGCUAGAGGAUGGGGAAACCAUAGUGCCUGUAGCUGAUAUGCUCAAGGGCAGCAAGCUGGAUUCGGAUUUAGACCAAAUAAACAGGCUUAUAGAAAAUAGGAAAGUAAAAGAGAACGUCGACCUGAACGAAUCUCCCCCCAAGCUCCAUAACAAAAUGUCUCCAAUCAACAUCACAUUAAAGAACAGCCCUGUGAACGCCAUGCCAGUUGUGUCACAGCAGAAACUCUUCUCAGUCAAUUCAGGGACGAUAAACGCUUCACCGAAAGAUGAAAACAAUGUGACUAUUCCUGUCUCAUCCUCACCGACCACACAAUCGCAGAAAAACUUUGUUACUUCAGGGACUAAUAACACUUCUCCCAAGGAGGAGGCCAAAUUGAACAGUGUGGCCACGAGUAGAAAGCCUGGCAUGGUUGGUCUCGUAGACUAUCCAGACGAGGACUCUGAUGACGAUGAAGAGGAUGAAGAUGGUGUUCUACCGGCAGCCAAGCGUCCACGAUUAUCCACGUAAAGGACCAGAGACAAUAUUUGUGAAGUGUAAAUGCAGAAUCAUGUCCUUUUGGUCAGCCUGCGGAGGUGUUGUAGUUGGAUUGCUGUCUCUGGUAUGGGUCAUGUGACCCAUUUGACAAGCUGAGACAAUCAAGAAUGGUUUGCAGAUGUGGAUUCAUCUCUUACCAUGUCUCCCUGCAGUGGUUGGUCAUGUUAGGACUGUGUCAGGCUCGGCCUCCCUGCAGUUGCCAGUCAGGUCAGGACUGGUGUCGAACACACUGCUCCUAUUGAGCACAGCAAUCAAAUGAAUGACGUCUGAAAACAAUGAAAUGUGAAUAUUUUUGAUUUAGUUCAUGGAUGUGUUGUCUGUGUCCUCGGCUCAGUGUCAGACCUAUGAUUCUGUGCUACUGUUGGCAGGAUGUCUGUGGUUCCGUAAAGGGUGCAUCUCGGAGAUCUGCUGGAAGGAUCUUGGCAUUUUAGGGGGCCGUUCGUUCCCGCGAUGAACUUGAGUGAGUUCAAGGUUUGUCUUACUCCUAGAUAAACAGCAGGCGGGGCGGGCAACAGAUCACCAGAUCAACUUAGAUUGCAUGCUAAUGAAAUAUAUUGUGACAAAUUUGGGUUCUAUUUUGAAAUAUUCAAAUAGUUUAAUAGGUAAACAUAGUACUUUUUGAUGCGACUCAAUAAUAUUCAUCGUUUUUGGGACUUAGAUAUGCUCCAUGUGUAGCGCUGUCAACAGUGAUGUUGUGAUGCUAGAGUAGGUAUAAAUAUUUAUAGAUUGGCUACCAAAUAAUCUCUGUACAGGAUGUAUCCCGGGUGUUGAUGUUUACCACUGACUAGGACCAGAUGUGCUGUAGGGAGAAAUCAGACGUUGUAUGGACAAUGUCUCUUUUGUAUGAAAUGCACAUAUUUUAAUACAUUUUAGUUUUGGAUGAUGAACCAGCCUUCUGGCACUGGUCAGUUCUUCGUGGAAUAUCGGUAGUAAUGUGUGCCUUGAUCUCAGUUUACAAGUACGUUUCUUUGGCACUGUUUGGGAGAUGUUGUGCUGUGCAUUCUCAAACUCAGGGAUGCUGAAUUCCCAGCCCAUUUGUUGAUGAGGUUGCCCAGGAAAUGAGGUUGCUCAAUAACUGGGUGCUACCUGUACACUACGGUUCAUUUUGAGCUUUGAUUAGCUCACUUCGACACUUAAGCUGAACUUCUGAUUACUGAAUUGGUGUUUUCAAAAGCCUGUGUGUGGCAGGCACAUGGCAACUGUUCAAACCCUUAAAGGACUUGAGACUCUAUCAUUGGUACGAUAAAUUACCUGGGGGGUAGGUGAUUAACAGAACCGUGUGUCAUCUCUGACAUGUGGAAAGCUGUAAAAUAGUAAUGACAGCUAGUUUGAAGAAAUGUGGGUCAAAUUUAAAAUAGAAAUUUUUGGUCUUCUCAGAAGUACACCCUCUGUCCUUAAUGGGGAGAACUGUUAUAUUUGGAAUCAUAAUUCAAAGUCAUGAAUUGGCAAGUUGCAAUGCUAAUGCAUGCUCCUUCCUUUAAAUAGUUUCUUCAAUUUUUGAAAAUAUUGGCAAUACCUAUAAUUUACUGCUGUAUGAAAGGCAGCGUUAUGCAGAGUACAGCAUACUCCCAGUGCCUUAUAAUCUCUGAAGUGAAGUGAAGGAUUUUGCAUCGCUUCAAGUCGCAGUUCACAAAUGGAGACUGGUUGUUGUGAAAUAAUGCCUGUUCCUGUCCCACUGUCUGUUAAAUUUUUGUCAUUGAAGAUGGUGUCCUUUUAUCAUGUUACUUAAAAUCCACACCGAGUCAGUGAACUGAGUGUAAAAUAUCAAUGGGGACUAUUUGUUCAUCAUGUGACCUACUGUACAAUCAAUGUAACACAAUGCCAACAUCUCAGUGUAUUCAUCUGCAUGUAUGCCAUGUCACUGUUUAGUACUGUAACAUCUGAAACCAGUCUGGUUGCUCUAUCCGCAUUAGUAGUCACAUAUUAGCACUACUGUUUUGAAUGAAAUUUACUGAAUGAAGAUAGUUGAGCUAAUGGCAUUUGUCUCUAAUGCUGAUUGAGCCCCCGGGCCAUUUGUUUGCGUUCCCCAUGAGUAACUAGAGGCUUUUAAAAGAUAUUAUUUGGGAGUCUGAAGUCUCAACUGUGCACUACCAGAAUAUUCAGUCAUACCAAUCUAUCUGUCUAAGAGACUUCACUUUGCUUGUUUCCUUUAGUGGUCUUGGUAAAAAUGAUCUUGACCUGUUCACUGUUGACUACAAGUAUAGUUGUAGUAGCGGUUCUUUGCAUGUGCCACUAGGAGUUAACUCGCAGUAAAAGCUAGAGAUUCCAGUGUUGUCGUGCCUUAAUCAUUCCGACAUCAACCAAAUCGUGCAGAAAUUAGUUUGUUUUAUUUUCGAUAAUCUGGGAUGAUAGGGGUAUAGAUUUCCUCAAGAUUUUCCCCUUUUCGUAAAUCUUCAUCAUAGAAUCCUCAGUCUGAGCAGGCCUAAUUUUCUUGAAAUGCGACUUUGGUUAUGGUGGAUUGUGAAAAAAGUCUGGGUUACUCUAUCGCAUAACAACCUUUUGUAAUUGUACGUGCACCUGUGAAAUGUUUCAAAACUUGAAAGCUGCUGAAAAAUCUUAGUUCGCCUUAGGAAUUAGAAAUAUCCAGAAAGAUUAACGGGAACUCUCAAUUCUGAUGAAACCUGUGACAAAAAGUAAAAGUGCAUGAAUUAUGUAUAAAUUGUUGCUGUCUGUAUAUUGAUGUACGAUUCAAAUGAAAAUCACCUUUUUUCUAAGGGAGUGUAAUUGAAUGUUUCUGAGAAUGUAUGGGACAUCUUGUUUAAGAUUGACUUGGUAAUGUAGGGGCACCCAUCCUAUUUUGUCUGGGAUAUUUUGGAAGCAGUGUUUUUCACUGUAAUCUUGCUUCCGUUCCAGUUUUCAUCCUCAUGUUUCCAUCAUAUUGAUGUCAAAUGAGAAGUUGGAGCCAAAAUAAUCUGAAGAUAUCUUCUUCACUUGGGGCACCUUAAGAUUUUCAUGGAUUAAAAGAAGUUCAUAAAUAAAUUUUAAGGAUUUUUUUCCUCUUGCAGUUUUGGGGGGGGGGGGGGUAUCUAUGUCAGCGUAUCAUUUUUACAACUUCAAGGAACUUUUGUUGUCCUUGAUAAAACUUGGUUCAUCUUAGGGACAUGCUUGCUUAUUGUACUGAGGGCCUCUCACUAUACCAACAAAGCGACAGAAAGUGAAAAAAUUACUUUCGUUUUGACUAUUCAGUGUGGUGAGAUGAUUCAGGUGGCAGAAAAUACCUAUUUAGCCAUUUUCAAUUGCAGGCUUUUGUAUCACUUCUAAAAUAAUCUCGAACACUUUUGGAGUGUAUUUUAGAAGUGAUCCAAGGCCCUGUUGUGGGAGGAUGGCUUCUGCUGGAGCUGAACUUCUUACAAUUCGUUGUCUGUCAGCCAUCGAUAUGUGAGUCGCCACACUGAUACUGCAUCUGCUGCCAUCUGUAGAUCGCUUUGGUUCUCAGAUUGUCAGAGCUCCAAGGGUCUUGUCUUAACAAUCUGACAUGAACAGUCUGCUGGGGAACACAUGUUGCGACUAAAUCCUUCAUUCUGCAUCAGUUAAGUUCAUUAAGGCACAGUGUACAAACCUGUAUAUUAGUAGCAUAAACACCGAGUGGGUAUUUUUGCAGGAGAGGAAAGAGUUAAAGCAUGUACAGAAUGUUUUAUGAUGGGAUGGCCCUUUGUGGCUUGAUGGCUCGGAUCAUGAAUUGUAAAUUCAAAACUAUUUCCAUCUCCUAGUACAUUUUGUAGCCCCAAGGGAUUUUUAUCUUGUAAUAUGAUAACCAAGUUAAUAAAUAAGUGAAGCUUUAUACA